UUUGUUAUUUUUUAUUUUAAAGAUCACAAUUCAUUAAACAUAUAUUUUCACUUUUUAACAAAAUUACGAAGAAUUUUUUUAAGCACAAAAGCAUGCGCUUUUUGACAGUUUCACCGUCAUUUUCAUUGAGUAGAAAAUUAAGUGAUUUCCACAGCUUUGAAAAAACCCCUAUUUGCUGAAUUUUAUUUGUACACAUGAAAAAAACAUUUAUUCAAAGCUUCGUUCUUCCUAAAUCGAGUUUCGUUAAACUCUACAGAAGCAUUGAACACCAAUGUUUAAUAGAAAAUAAAACUAGGCUGUGUGGGCUAAAUUCCCUUUGCAUUAAAUUAAAUAACUAUUGGUGUUAUGGUGGUUGCCCGGGAGAUUAAAAUUGUCAUACCAUUGUAAACAUUUUUCUUUCUUUUACAGAAUUAUCUGACUAAAUAUACGAUAUAUCAUCAAAAUUAAGAUGGAAAAGCCUGAUGCUAAUGGAUUCAUUAAUAUAAAUUGGCCUAGUAAAACCGUUCCACAUGGAGGAAUAUUUCAUUCUCGUAUUGCACAAACCUCUGUCAAUCAACAGGAAUUUUUGAAAGUGUUGUUGGAGGAAUCUAAGCUGACUAUUGCUCAGCGUAAAAAGUCGGCUUUAGCCUUACGUGAAUAUGAAAAGAAGGCGGAACGUCGACCGCAAAUAUCGACACCGUUGGUCCGACCGCGGACAUCGAGACGACGCUCUCUAUCCGAAAUCAGACAAUCUGGAGUUUUCAAUGUGGAUCCGUAAGCUAUUAUAAAUACCUACUGAUUUCUGUAUAUUCAUUAACUAUAUUACACAUAAUAUAUGAAAUUUUCGCAAUCGAUUUAAACUCUACUAAAAAUCUAAAAAAUAUAGCAUUUUUGAGCAACCUACCCACAAAGUACGACGACCUCGAAGAGU